GCAAAGGAUGGUCUGUGUAUGUGCUUGAAGGGAGGGAGGCAGUCAAGGAAAGGCAGACUGUGUGCCUGACAUUCUACUUUCUCUUGAAAAAAAAUCCUUUUAGCGGUAGGACCCAGAGGAGUUUUGAAGGAAAAAAAUGGACCAGCACACCUUUAUGUUGGCUGAGGCAGAACAAAGAUGUGAAAAAAAGUUGUUCAACACUGUAACAAAAAAGUUUGAGCUUUGAGCCAUGUCAUUGGCUGAGAAAAGUCUGACAGGAAAAUGAAAUGGCUCUUGAGGUCAGGAGAGGGUCUGGUAUAUAUGUAUGGGAACAGGCAACACCUUUCUUACACUACAACUGCACUUGCAUCGUUGCUCAUCUCUACAGGGAAACAAUGAGUGCUUCUGUGGCCGUUUACAGGAAUAUUUACACUGAGGACCGCUUCAAACAGGCCUACGGCUCCGACGAUGACACGAGUGGAAGUUUGCGGCUCCGGGAAAAACUCAGCGGGAGAUGCAGGUGUUCAAGGCGAGCCUGCCUUCACCUGUUGAGGGAGCGAGUGCCCAUUUUCAAAUGGCUGCCAAGAUACAGACUUAAGAAAUGGAUUUUAGGAGACACUAUAGCUGGUCUAACAGUCGGUAUUCUUCACAUUCCACAAGGCAUGGCCUUUGCUUUACUCACAUCCGUGGCACCAAUAUUUGGCCUUUACACCUCCUUCUUCCCUGUGGUCCUAUACAUGUUUUUUGGAACAGGUCGCCACGUGUCCACAGGUACCUUUGCUGUGGUGAGUCUGAUGACUGGCUCUGUGGUGGAGCAGCUGGUUCCCACUCCUCUGGAGAUGAAUUCAAGUUCGGCUGAAGCAGCUGAGUUUGAGGCCCAGAGGAUUGGAGUUGCCUCAGCUGUAGCACUCCUCUCAGGAAUUAUUAUGCUCUGCAUGUUUGGACUUCAGCUGGGCUUCCUCUCCACCUAUCUGUCAGAGCCAAUUGUUAAAGCUUUCACCAGUGCUGCUGCUUUCCAUGUUACCAUCUCACAGCUGCAAAGCAUGCUGGGGCUUCGGCUCCCCCGCCACACUGGGACCUUCUCGCUCUUCAAGACUUUAGGGUCAGUGAUGGAGAACCUGCCUCACACAAACACGGCUGAACUGCUGAUCUCCUUGGUGUGUUUGGCAGUCCUGGUGCCAGUUAAGGAAAUCAACAUGCGUUUCCGGCAGCGCCUGCGUACACCUAUCCCUGUCGAGAUCCUCACGGUGAUUAUUGCUACAGGCGUAGCCUAUGCCUCCUCGCUGGACUCUGUUUACAAUAUUGAGAUAGUUGGUCACAUCCCAGCUGGAUUCCCAAGGCCACGGCUGCCUGCUUUGAACACUCUCCCUGACAUUGCUGGGGACACAAUAGCCAUAACAUUUGUUGGUUACGCUGUGUCUGUCUCACUGGCGAUGAUCUAUGCUGAUAAACAUGGAUAUUCCAUACAUCCCAACCAGGAGCUGUUGGCUCAUGGUGUGUCCAACACAGUGUCCUCUUUUUUCACCUGCUUCCCCAGUUCAGCCACUCUUGCCACCACUAAUAUACUAGAGAGUGCUGGAGGACACACACAGCUCUCCGGCUUGUUCACGAGUCUGGUUGUUCUGAUUGUUCUGCUCCUGAUUGGACCACUAUUCCACUUCCUACCCAAGGCAGUGCUGGCAUGCAUCAAUGUUACCAGCCUCAGGCAGAUGUUCUUGCAGUUCCAGGACUUACCCGAGCUGUGGAGAAUCAGCAAGAUUGACUUUAUGGUUUGGGUGGUAACCUGGCUCUCUGUGGUGGUUCUUAAUGUGGACCUUGGCCUGGCUAUCGGGGUGGUUUUCUCUAUGAUGACCGUCAUCUGUCGCACACAAAGAGCUGGGUGUUCAGUGCUCGGUCGGGCCAGCAACACAGAAAUUUACAAACCUCUGGAGAAUCACAGCAAGUGCUAUGAGGUGCCUGGAGUCAAGAUCCUCACUUACAACGGGCCUAUUUACUAUGGCAACCGUAACUUCUUCAGGGAGGAGAUGAGCAAGCUGUUGGGCCUGACGCCAGAGAAGAUCCGCAGCCGGGAGAAGGCCAGGAAAGCCCUGGAGAAACGGGAGAGAGAGACCACCGUUAACACUGUGGAAAGAGGAAUUGCAAACACAUCAUUUUCCUCAGAAAAUGAGUUUUUUAAAUCUGAAACAUCUGAGGGUGACGUUCAGGCAGUGUUAAUCGAUUGCAGCAGUGUGAUAUUUGUUGACGUUGCUGGAGCAAGACUCUUUACACAGAUGUGCACUGAGUGCCAAAAAGUUGGAGUUCACGUAUAUUUAGCAAACUGCAACGAGAGAGUCCUAAAAAUCCUCACAUCAAGCGGUCUGAUGAAAUAUAUGGAUCCUCAACAUAUUUUCGUAACUGUUCAUGAUGCCGUGGUGUACAUUCAACAGCAGAAGGAAAAACCUCCUGAGAGCACCACGACUGUUUGGGUAUGAGGCAGGAGGACGGUGCUGAGUCAUGCUUCCAUCAGAGUGUGUGGGACUAAAAUGUGAAAGGGGCACUAGGACUGUCUCCUGUCUCUCCAGCAUUUAGUCCAGGCUGUACUGUAUGCCUGCAGUUCAAAGAAGGAGUGGCCUGUUGUAGCACUAUGUCAUGUAUUACAAUUACUAUUACAUUACAGUGUUACCAGCUUUCUCACAGAUGUUGGACUCCUUGCACAAUUAAAUCUGAUAUUAGUCAUUAUAUCAGACUGAUUUAAAUCAAGAAAAGAGAAAAACUACACCACAGUCUCCUCAUAUAUUUAAUGAUAACAAAUCUGAAAAAAAAAACAUGUAAUUUUUGAACCAUGACUAUAAAACUGUAUAUGACAGAUAUCAUUUUGUUGAACAGUUUUGUUCCUUAUUGUCAUAUAUGCUGGAAUAUUACCAAAGUAAUAUUUAUUUAGUUUCUGUUUGUUGUUUGCAAUACAGAUAAAUAUAAUGUGCACUGAAUAGUUUGUUAAAAUACUUAGUAUAUUUAUAUCUUUUGGUUCAGUAAAUGAUAUCCUGCCUUAAAAUGUUCUGUCUUUUAAUUUCUGAGAGACUGCACAAAAUAUUUUAUGAAUAACGGUCAUAUAUGUCAACAACUGUGCCAGUGGCUAUUUUGACAAUAAAUAUAUCUAAUUAAAAACUUUCUGGAAAUGAUAUGCAAAUGUCAGGGCAAAUGGGAUUGUAGGUUUCUACAUCAAUAUUUGGAUUGACACAGUUAAUAAGUGCAAAUGUAUUUUAGAGGGAAUCGCGGUGUGGAAUGUGAAGCAUGCCAGUCUGUCAGGUUCUGUACAGAGAAGAAGAGCAGUCUUUGUACGUGGUGAACUGUGUGUCUGCACUGAGAUAUGAUGAAUGAAAAAUGAAAAACACAGGAUUCAAAUGACAACAAAGACGAAGCACAUUUUGCCACAUCAGGUCAUCAGAAUUAUGAUUCACACAACAUGCAACAUACAAGCCACACUGGUGUCAUCCAUCUAUCCAUCCAUCCAUUUUCUAUACAGCUUAU